ACGGCUACGGAAGAAGCUUCCGUUCGCUUCGUCAGCCGCGAUUUGUCGAGGAUUAGCUUGUCGUCUACACUGUCAACAAAUUCCCCAUCCAAUGUGAUCGUUUGACAGACAGCCACUAUGGGAUUUACAUCAAGACACUUUGGUGGUGUUAAACCGUCGAAGGCGCUGCUGUUCUUGCCUUGUCUGUUUACAUUCUUCCUUGUGGGCAGCCAAGGCGAGAGCACUGCCAUGGACAAUGUUGCAACCGAGCGGCUGGCUGAGGAGAGCCACCGACAAGACAGUGCCAAUCUGCUUAUAUUCAUAAUGCUCCUGACACUCACCAUUUUAACAAUAUGGCUUUUCAAACACCGACGGUUCAGGUUUCUACACGAAACAGGACUUGCCAUGAUAUAUGGUCUCUUGGUGGGUGUGAUCCUGCGCUUCGGGGUCCAUGUACCCCAGAACAUGAGUAAUGUGGUCCUGAGCUGUGCUGUCAAUGCCAGUCCAGCCACUCUGCUGGUCAACAUCAGUGGGAGAUACUUUGAGUACACUCUGAAGGGGGAAGUCAGCCGGGGCAAGGGCCACCAAGUGCAGGAUGAUGAGAUGCUGAGAAAGGUGACCUUUGACCCAGAGGUAUUUUUCAAUAUUUUGCUGCCGCCCAUCAUCUUCCAUGCUGGCUACAGUUUGAAAAGGAGACAUUUCUUCAGAAACAUUGGCUCCAUCUUGACUUAUGCUUUCAUGGGAACAGUUAUAUCAUGCUUUGUUAUCGGGUUGACCAUGUAUUGCUUUGUGUCCUUCAUGAAGGUUGUGGGUCAGCUAGGGGGAGAUUUUUACUUCACUGACUGUCUGUUUUUUGGGGCCAUUGUUUCAGCAACAGAUCCAGUUACAGUGCUGGCCAUCUUCAAUGAGCUGAAGGUAGACGUGGACCUUUAUGCAUUGCUGUUUGGAGAGAGUGUCCUCAACGAUGCGGUGGCCAUCGUCCUCUCUUCUGUUCUCCUGCGGCUGGAGAAGCAGGGCAGGCAGGGGGCUGGAGCUGGACCUGGAGCUGUGCUAUCUCCAGAGGACGAAGCUCCAGCCUGGCCUCAGGGAGAGCAGGAGUGGCUAGGAGAGAACCAGACAAUGACCCCCCGCUCCAUCGUGGCCUACCAGCCAGCAGGAGACAACAGCCACAGCUUUGAGGCCAUGGCCAUGCUGAAAUCCUUUGGUGUGUUCCUGGGGGUUUUCAGUGGAUCAUUUGCUCUUGGAGUGGCUACUGGUGUUAUGACUGCUUUCGUGACCAAGUUCACCAAGCUGAGAGACUUCCCCUUGUUGGAAACCGCUCUCUUCUUCCUCAUGUCCUGGAGCACCUUCCUGCUGGCCGAGGCCUGCGGGUUCACUGGUGUGGUGGCUGUGCUGUUCUGUGGGAUCACUCAGGCUCACUACACCUACAACAAUCUGUCCCCUGAAUCCCAGGACAGGACCAAACAGUUGUUUGAGCUGCUGAACUUCCUGGCGGAGAACUUCAUCUUCUCCUACAUGGGUCUGACUCUCUUCUCCUUUCAGUCACAUGUGUUCAACCCUUUGUUCAUCGUAGGAGCCUUUGUGGCAGUUUUCCUGGGCAGGGCAGCGAACAUCUACCCUCUGUCCUUCCUGCUUAAUCUGGGCCGCAAGAACAAGAUUGGGUCCAACUUCCAGCAUGUCAUGAUGUUUGCAGGUCUGCGUGGAGCCAUGACCUUUGCCCUUUCUAUCCGAGAUACAGCAACUUAUGCACGUCAGAUGAUGUUUUCAACCACCCUCCUGAUUGUCUUCUUCACUGUCUGGAUCUGUGGAGGUGGCACCAUGCCCAUGCUGUCCUUCAUGAGCAUAUCCGUGGGUGUGGACUCUGAUCAAGAAAGCUCUGUGACAAUGGUGGAUGGGUCGCAGCGCAGGAACACCAAACGUGAGAGCGCCUGGCCCUUCAGGAUCUGGUACAACUUUGAUCACAACUACUUGAAGCCUCUCUUGACCCACAGUGGCCCACCUCUCACUGCAACUCUGCCUGCUUGUUGUGGACUGCUGGCACGAUGCCUCACCAGCCCACAGGCGUAUGAGAAUGAAGGUCAGCUACAUGAUGAUGACUCUGACUUCAUCCUGAACGAUGCUAACGUGAGCUCGAUGUAUGCUGACGUCACUGUCAGCACGGAUGCAUCCGGUUCCCGCACCAUCAACCGCAAGCGCUCCUCCACUGGUGGCACCGGGGGCGGCCCACCUGAUGACGGUCUGGAUCAGGAGCUCACUCUGGGUGAACAUGAACUGGUGAUCAGGGGCACUCGACUGGUUCUGCCCAUGGAUGACCCGGUGGAACCCCCAACUACCGUCACCCUGCCCCCGCCACCCUCCCCACCACACUCUGAUCCGCACAGACACAGAUUGUAGGGAGGCUCGCACUGUCAGAGGGCAAUUUCUCAUUUCAACCUCAAAAAUUACAAGUCAUUGAAUUUACCUGCACUGGAUAUUACCAAGUAAAACUGAAACUGUCAGAUGACCUGGCUACUUUAACUCGGCCCUCAAGUUGAAAUGAUGAACUGCUUACACAGUGUAAGUCAUGUGGAACCCAGACUGAUGAUACUGCCUCGCUGGGUAACACGAAUUAGAAAUGGUCUCAAAUAUGUGAUGAACGUGAGGUGCACUUGAUUAAACUCAUCUGACAGGUGGAUAGUUUUAUGUUUAAAUGUGAAUACACGAAAUAUAAAGUAAGGUACCCUAUAUCAAGUGCGCCUCAAGUUUGCGUGUCAUUUGAAAUCAUCUGAAAUGCGUCUUUUGCUCCUAUUUAAGGAGGCUAAGGAGGGCCUGUAGGGUCCGCUCCUAGGUUUGUAUUACUGUCAUGGUGACUUGUGGCUCUGUGCCAGCGUGUGCUUUUCUCUAUGCUCUCAAAAAGCUCACUGCUAUGUGAGGCAGGGGCAGUGAAAAUUGUUUUUAAAUGCAGUUUACCCUUUGCUCUGUGAUGGAGUCACUCCUGAAAUCAGCUUUAGGACUCAUCUGGCCUCCAUGAAAUAUUUGUAAGGUGAACUCAUAUUGUCUAGCAUGUAGUAACAGUUUUCAUUGCCUUUUAACAUUGCCUUGGUACCAUUCAGUGACAUUCAGUGUGGUUACGGAGCAGUUUGACCAUGAUAGUGUCAAAUCUGACCGCAGAGCAUAGUUGACUUUAGUAGUCUUUCUCUGCAUCUUGUCUCAUUGCCUCCUUCCCCAUGCUCUUUGGUGGCAAAAGGCUCAAAGAGGAGAAACCUUAUGAAAGCUUUCAUUUUGACUGGGCAACGAAGUGAGGAGGAUGGGAGCAACUUGUCCAAGAGAAUGACAUCUGUGAUUCCUCUGGGAACAAUACUGAGGGUUUUGAAUUUGAUGAGAAAAAAUUAGAUUACCUAUAUCUGCAUUACCAGUGCAGAAAACUGUUUUUACAGCAGUAUCCAGGAACCACUUCACCUUUCUAAACUGUAUUCAUGCCUGCCUCUUCUCUAGUAAUUUAUUUAUUCAUUUAUUUAAGAAAAAUAUUUAUUUUUGUGUUUAUUUAUGUUUUCGAUUAUUUAUUUAUUCCUUUGUUUAUUUUGUUUUGCGGUGUCAGUUUCUUCUGAUUAUCUUGCCCUAUUCAAAAAAGGUGAGGCGGAUGAUUCAGCCCUCUAGGAAAAUAAGUUAAUGUGAAAAGAUAGAUGAAAGAUGGAGACUAGAACAAGACUUAACAGUAUUUUACAUAAAGACCUAGAAUAAGUCAUGUGCUUACUAGUGAAAGGCUGCACUUUUCGUACGUUCCCUUUCCCUGAAAAAGCACUGAGACCCUUUAGCACAAGGUACGUAAUAAUGUAGGGAGCUGGAUAUGUUUAAGGAACAAAAACCAUUCCAGGAAUUUGUUAAGGAUGUGCGCAUGUUAUAAGAUCUCUUUCCCAUACUGUAGCAGAUGAUUUUACUGUAUACUUGGAAACUAGCGCUUCCCAGUUUGUGUAUUAUGUGUGUGCGUGUGUGUGUGUGUGUGUGUGUGUGUGGUCACCACAGUCAGAAUCAAAUCCUUCACAUCUGCUGAUUGUGGCUAUUAGGGCUAAUGUCUCUCUGGGUUUUAUGUUGUCACCUUGGUUUAAUCUUUCUAACAAAGCAACUGCCGUGUCUUUGAGAAGUGAUGAUGUCACAUCAUCAAAGACUACUUUGAGGGCUGUCCAAACUGUUUUGAAUUAAAGUGCCUGUUCGGAAAUUCAAUUAUACUUUAUGUAGAUUUGUACAUAUUUUAUUUGCUAAUGUGCAGUAAGGUGAUUGUUUUUGAUUUUUAUAUGACCAUAAACCCUCUGGUUGAUGUUUACCGUUGGGCUCCUGGGCUGAUCAGGCCAUUAGGUGGCUGUGCAAACUGUUUCCGAAAUGGUACUAUUGAUUUGUUUUUGAUGCAUUCAGAAGUAGACGUGUGUUAUGUGCUGGGAGUCCAGAGGAAGUGCAAACUAUAUGAGUGCACUUGUAAUGACGGCAAAUAUGAAGUCACACUGUGCCGCAGAAGAGGCAUUGUUUCCUUUCAAAACGCACCUACACCUUUUGAUACCUCAUUUGAAAAAUAGUUCUGGCAUGAUCAUAAUGCUUAUAAUAGAAUACUAUUUAAAUUACCAGACAUUUUAAGACAUUUGCUUACAAAACACAACCAUUGUGCAGGAUGGAAUCAUCUUUUUUUGGCUUUAAAAUAUUGGGUAAUACACCUCUCAUUUUUUUUUUAAUUGCAAAAAUGACAUACAGCAUUUUAAAAUGAAACAUGUUCUCUUGCCUCACAGUUAGUGGCUUCAAUCAGACUUAAACAACAUGGCACCAUCUUUUUGACCUAUUAUUUGCUAGUAAGGCCAAGGGAAAGUUACAAAUACAGGGUUUUAAAACUGUCCCCUCUCAGGUGCCGUCUACUUUUUGCAGUUUGCGCUCCAGGUUAAUCUCAAUUUGGAGCUUUUGAAGUUUACGGUAUUGUUUUAAAUCCCUACCAACUUUUUACUGAUGCAAUAUUUCACCCCUUUCACCCUCUGGCAUCCACUUUCCUGAAGUGAGAGGUAUUUUGCACCAGGCAUCCUGAUCCCCAGGCAUCUCAGCCCCUGUCUUUGUCCUGUGUACUGCACUACAGGCUCAAUAGGCGCAAUAGAGUAUAAUACAGUAGGGGUGAUUUGUUUGAUUGAGAUGGAAAUGCAUUCCUGGUCUAAGUUACGAUUCUAAAUGGUAGUCUGCAUUAAAUGUCUUAGUACAUUCUCUCUUUGUGCAUGCUCAAGGAAUCCUGUCUUGGUAUUAGCUGCUUGGCAACAGGUGUUUAUUUUAUUUUUACUUAUUAUUUUGGCUCUCAUUUUUCCUACACCUAUAUGAGGCUUGAGGUUAUUCAUUACCAUGUGGGGAUAUUAUCAUGAGUGGACAUGCCGCAAUCUCUUGUGCAAGGCGCCUGUGAAAUUUCAGUUGACAUUCAUAUGCAUUCACCACAUAAACAGACUUUGUUUAUACUGGGAAUUUGGAGGCUGAUUUUGGUCAGGAAACAGCUGUAAUGUCACAGUGGCAGCAUCACAUGAAACUAAAACUCUAAAAAGACCUGUAUGUUUCUACUGUUUGUGGAUGUAUAACAGUUAAUGGAACGUUUUAAUUGUGAAAUGUUCAUCUGCAAUAUAGCCUAUGUGAAUGUCUUUAUGUGAACUCAGAAGAGCUACUGAAAUUCACCUUUCGAGGUUAAAAGGGAAAAUUAUCUGAGAUUUAUUUAUUUGAUUUUCCCUGCCUAGGUAUGAGUUUGUUAGCAGUGUCUCCUCAGUUCAGACUUCUUGGGAGUGUACUAAAGAAUAAUAAAAUCAGUUUCUUGAAAUUGA